AGUCUGGCUCCAGGCUGCUGAGGCCAAGCAUGGGGCGUGUAACUAGAGCCCGGCCCCCUGGGGGGGGGCAGCGUCGGCCUGGGGAGAGUGGUGAGCCCUAUAACUGAGGGGAGGCCUCCUUACCUGGUGGCUAGAGCAAGGGCUGCUCCGUGUAGGAGGCCUGGGGUUAGUUCCGGUACUUCCACUGGCCUGCAGUGUGGCCCUUGGCCAGUCACCUAGGCCUGGUCUAAGACACCUAAACUUAGGGCAACCUGGUUACAUCGCUCAGGGCUGCGAACGAUUUCACACCCUGUGCAGUGUAGUUAGGGCGACCUAACCCCUGCUGUGGACUCAACGAGGUUGACAGAAGAAUUGUAGCUAUCUACCUGCUUGGCAGGGGGGAGUUGUUACGGCAAGGAGAAACCCCUUCCGUCCCUGCAGUAAUUAGAGUGACUGGUUUUAUGAAUGGGCUUUACACAGAUUUUGAGAUGAAAUCUGAUAAUGUUAAGGAUAAAGAUGCCAAAAUCAGCUUUCUCCAGAAGGCUAUUGAUGUUGUCAUAAUGGUAACAGGGGAGCCAUUGUCAGUGAAGCCGGCACGUAUUGUAGCUGGACAUGAACCUGAAAGAACGAAUGAGUUUCUCCAAGCAAUUGGAAAAUGCUGUCUCAAUAAGUUGUCCAGUGAUGAUGCUGUGAAGAGGGUGCUUGCUGGGGAUAAAGCUGAUAUCAAAGGAAAGCCACCAUCUACUUCUAAAUCUCAAGAUAAAGAAAACAGAGAAUCCAGGGCAGAAGAACAAAAAAGCCAUAAGGAUAAAGAGGGUAGAGGGGACAAUGAAAUAAAAGAUAGAAGUACAAGCCGAGACAGAAAACCUAGAGAAGAGUUGAAAGAAGAAGAGAAGAAACAAAAAGAAAAGGAGAGAGACAAGCAUAAAGAUAAUGAGGACAGGCACAAAGACCUUGAAGCGGACAAUUUUAGAGAAGAUGAAAAGCAUGAAAGAGAGAGAAGCAAGAACAGAACCUCCAAACAAGGAAGAGAAACAGAAAAAAGUAGAGACAAAGAAAAAGGAGAUGCGGAACGAGAAAAAGAUCUGGAACGUGAUAAAGGACAGGAGAAGGAAAGAAAAAAUGAAGGAGGAAAAGAAAAGGAAAAAUUGAAAGAAAGGGACAAAGAGAAGGGCAGGGACAAAGACCGUGAGAAAGACAGAGAUAGGGGAAAAGAAAGAGAGAGGGACAGACGAAGGGAACGAGGCAAAGAUGGGGAACGCUUGAAAGAAGGAGGAACGGAUAAAGCAGAAAAAAAGUCCACAGGAUCUGAGGAUACUUUAGCUAAGAAAACAGAGAGAUCUUCUAAAGACACCAAGACUGAGCCAGAUAAAGAGAGUGGAAGUCCUGCAAGAAUACCAAGGCAGUCUUCAACAAAGGGACCCAGGCAACGAGUCAAACCUGGAGCAGAAGGUUCUUCAUUCCAGCUGAUUAGGUCACCACCUACAGUUAGAAGAAAGGAAUCUAAAAACAGUGCAGCUAGUGUCUCAACUGAAAAAAAGCUUAGCCCUUCAUAUAUGAAAGCCAGGAAGGACACUAUAGUGAAACAGCUAGGAAGAAAGGAAGCUAGUAAAACUGCCACUAGUGCCUUGGUUGAGAAAGCAGCUAGUAUAUUAAAAGAGAAAGCUGAGUCAGUCACUACAAUGCAAGAGCCAGGUGUACUGGAAACAAAUAGUCCUGCAGAUAACGUUUCAGAUGAAAAAGCAGCUAGCAUAUUACAUGCAAAAGCCGAACCUAGACCUGCAAUAAAACACCAAGGAGAAUCUGCCAGUGAUGCAGAAGGAGAAGCUGGAAACCGUGCCUCUGAGAAGCCAAUGGUGUCCGAGAAUGGUGAAGUAUCUAAUGAUCUUCCACCUCAUGUCACCCAAAGAAGACCACCACGUCCCAAUAGUGCAAGGCCAGCUCCCCCCCGGAUAAAACGACAAGAAAGUGCAGAGUUUUUACUUCCAGAGAGGAAUGGCAGCGGUAAAGCCGUCUCAAAUGUGAUCAUAGACAAACAGAAUUCUGAUGAUGAAGAUGAUCAGUUUGUAGUGGAGGCAGCACCACAGCUACCUGAAAUGCCAGAAAUGGAAACGGAGCCAAUAGUGGAGCUGGAUGGUGAUGAGAAGCAUGGUGGUCUUGUAAAAAGAAUCUUGGAAACUAAGAGAGAUUAUGAGACAUCGCAACAGUCAAAGUCUACAGAGAAGGAGAAGCCGCUUUUGUCAGAAGCAGCCAGGAGAAAGGAGAAGGACCUAGUAUCAAAAGAAAUAGAGAAGUUUUGUGCAUCUAUUCAGACGCUGUGUCGGAGUGCACUUCCUCUUGGGAAAAUCAUGGACUACAUUCAGGAGGACAUGGACUCCAUGAAGAACGAACUGCAAAUGUGGCAGCAUGAGAACAAGCAGCAUGCAGAGGCUCUCCAGAAGGAGCAGAGCAUCACAGACAGCGCUGUGGAGCCCUUAAAAGCAGAUCUGGCUGAGUUGGAACAGUUGAUUAAAGACCAGCAAGACAAGAUUUGUACUGUAAAGGCUAAUGUUUUAAAGAAGGAAGAAAAAAUCCGGAAGAUGGUUCUCAACAUUAACUUAUCUACGAGAAGGUGAAAAGGAUGACUUUAUAUUCUUACCAAAUAAAGACAGAAAAGGGAAAAGAAUGAAGAGGAACUGUACAAAUAAAGCACCUAAGAACAAUGGCCUAUAAAAUUUAAUAUUGGUUUAUACACAUUACAUUCAAUUUACUUGUGAGAUUGGUAUUAUCCAUGUCAAAUUACAUGAAUUCAGAUAUCUUCUAGAGCUUUUAAAGUAUCUCUUUUAAGUGUCUUUAGACAUAGGCUGCUAUGAUACAGUUAUUUGCUAUUUAUAACCCACUUGCCCUCCCUGACCCCUUUUUAUAGCUAUCUGCUGGUCAAGCUUGCCCCUUUUUUCCUACUGUGUACCCAUUUUGGUUACUUUUGGGCCAAAACGGGCUACCAUGAUGUCAUGAAAAAUGGUAUUUAGUAACUUUUUUGCAGGAAGUUCUGAAAUCCCUACAGAUCAGAAUGGUCUGCAAUACCUUCAAUGAUUUACAAGUCCUGAAAAGAAAUCUUACAGCUCCUGAAAUAAAACAUUGUUUAUCAUAUGGCUCCUUAUAUCGUCACAGGGGUGAUGUCAUAUUUCCAUAGCUCUCAAGAAAUUUUAUUAGGGGGCCUAUAAAAUUUAGUACAAGUAUCACCAUGGAAGGGAUCUAAAGUAUUUUAUAUGCACAGGUGUUAAUUCCAUUUUUAUUGCAUACAUUCAUUUGGAAAGGAUUCAUUAAAGUACCCAUUUCCUCCCAAAUGCAUGUUCAUGUACGUUUUUUGUACAUUAAUAAUUCCAAUGAUUUUAGUUAACUGCCGAUGUGUUUUCCUGCUGACCUCUCCAGCAUACUGUGUGUAAGGGCCCAGCAUUGCAUGUUCAUGAAUUUGAAAAGCAUAUUCAAAUGUAGCACAAAUUAGAGCCCUGCAACCCGGUCGGGACCCAACUUCAAGUGUCAGGUCCAGGUCAGGCGGGAAAACAACCGGACCCUCCUGGGGUCAGGUCUGCUCUCCUCCGCCGCUCCUGGGUGCGGUGUUGGCUACAUGCCACCACCUUAAUGCAGUCCAGAGUGAGUGUGCCUGCUAAGGAGUGGCAGGACCUCUCGCUAUACUGCAGCAGAAGCAGCAGAUGGCGAGAGCAGGGCAUGCAGCUGAUGGGGAAGGGGUGGAGUGGGGUCAGGUUGGAAAACAAAUCGACCCUCAUGUGUUCUGCUUUGGGCCUAAAAAUUAGGCCUGAUCAGACCUCUAGCACAAGUACAUUGAGCCAAACUUAAUGUGAAAUGCAGAGAACUCUAGCUUCCUCCAAAGUUUAGGCUAUUCUUUCAAGGUUUUAUAAUGUACAAGUACCUUUUCUGUUCCAUUUUUUUAUUGCGUGUAAACUAGAAAACAUUAGUCUGUUAGCAAAUCUGCACUUUGUGGCAUCUUGACCUUUUCAGACAUGUUUCUCAAACGCUACAAAAUGUGAUAUUUUAGAUGCUCUUUAUAGGAGAGAGGAAUGGAUGAAUCUCCAUUUUCAACCUUGGUAUGUCACUGUUGAUAGGAAUUUUAAAGAAGCAUUCGGGACUUAAAACUGGUUCAGUACAGCAUUUCAGUUAGCUCUAGACUAGACUGUAACUGAACUGAUCAAUCUAAAUUGUCUGUAGAACAAGGUUUAUACCAUGUGAGCAUGCACUUGCUGGCUUUAAAUGCUUGAUUCUUUACUCGUUUUUUCUAGAUAGGUUCCUCACUAAUGAGAGUUUUGGGGUGAUGUCUUAGCACAGUUCAGUUUUCUGAGCAGAAUAUUCAUUCUUUAAGGAAUAUUACAAAUAUCACUUCAAAUGUGUAUAAGCAAAAUAAUCCCUUUGAGUAGGAUGCCAUGUUGCUUUCCCUGAAAAGGCUCUAUGAAAAAACUACCAAGACCUCUGAUACAUUGGAGUUAAGGGCUUUCUUUGUAAUCGGUCAAAAAUGUUAAGCUAAAAGAUUAGAUACAAAUCUUUGUUUAUGCUAGAACUAAGCCACCUGUGUUGAUGGGCACUUGGAAGUUAGUCUUAAUUAUACACUCUCAACAGGAUACACCAUCAGAAGUUCUGUUGAUCUUCAGGGUCGUAUGUAAGCCUUGCAUAAAUCUGUAAAUCCGACUAGGACUGUUUGUGAACAAAUAUACUGUGUGUGAGCAAAAAUUUGUACAAAGUAGAAUAUCAAAUUGUAUCAUAAAAUUAUUUUUCUUUUUAUAUAAAAAUCAUUAAAAAUGAUCACCUAUUUUUUUAUGAA